UAAAUAGCAAGUAGAGUACUGACCCUCAACGUAGUCCUAAAGUCCCAAACAUCUCUCUCUCUCUCUCUCCACUGCUAGCUGAACACUUCUGAGUAGCAAAAAUGGUGUCCCGAUGGCUCAUUCUAGUAGCGAUUGUGAUCUUCUGCGUUGCCCAGGUAUCAUCUGAUGCAGAGAUCGAAGAGCACCAAACCCAGAUGGUGAGGGGAGCUAACAGAAGACUCUUGCCAUUACUGGAUUGUGGAGGGCUGUGCAAAGAGAGGUGCAGCGUGCACUCGAGGCCAAACGUGUGCAGCAGGGCUUGCGGGACGUGCUGCGUGAGGUGCAAGUGUGUCCCUCCGGGCACUUCUGGGAACAGAGAGAUAUGCGGCAAGUGCUACACCGACAUGACCACCCACGGGAAUAGGACCAAGUGCCCUUGAAAACCAUAAAAGGAAAAAAAAUGGCCCGCAGCUGGCUUUCCCUCUCCUAUGUUCCAUAAGCUAAAUACCAAGACUUCCUGUUUCGCUGUAAAAAAAAAAUUCUCUCUCUCUCUCUGCUUUGCUAAACUAGGGUGGCUUUCGGCUGUGCUAUAUGAAGUAUUUGUGCUCCUGUUUGUAGUAGUUCUGGUUUUUUUUUUUCCCCCAAUCCUGUAGUAGUUCUGUUUGUUCAGCUAAUAUCUUAUGUUACGGUUGUAGUCAUGUAUUCCAGGUGGUGUUAUGCGUAUGUUGAGAUUGUAUUGCA